UGUAUAUCGGAACAUACUCUUUAUUACUCGAUUUUUCAUCCCUAUGUAUUCAAUUCAGUGUGACCAACUCUUAGUUCAAUUCUUUAAGGACCAAUUCUAGUUUUACGACCUACCAGAAAACCACUAAAGUUAGCAUAUCAGAAUCUCAAACAUUCAACAAAUGUUUUAUUUUUGUAACAUUUAUUUGUAACAUUUGUAUCUGUUUUUGUGAGGUUUAUGCAUAUUAGUGGCAUUAUUUGAUAUUCGAUGAACAGAGGUUUUAAACAUAUAGUAAUGUCCUUAUCAUAUUUUAUGCUAAUAGCUGUCAUUCGAUAUUUCUUCUCCCUAUGAGACGACUUGUCAUUUCAUAUUUUUCCCCUAUUUUUGUGAAGUUGAUCCAAAUUUUUGGUGCAUUAAUAUAAUGAAAUUUGAUAACAAUAAAUCUAAUUUCUGUAGUUGAGGAUCCACUAUUGACCAAAGGAAUAAAUUCAAGGAAAGGACCUUUUUAGUUUUCUAUAAACUGCCGCACUGUUGACUGUACAUAAAAUUGAGAUAAAUGGUUUUUUUUUGUAUAAUAUAGCAGGCACGGCUUGUGCAUUUUGCCAAUGUCAAGUAAAAAGGUAAAUGGUUUAAAGGGAUGGUAUUUUUUUUUUGUGAUAUUUUUGGCUGGGAUGCAGAGUCCUUUAAGCCAUUAUAGGGAUACUUUGGAACAUUACAUAGCUAAGCUGUAAACAUUUUCCUUUAAACAUAAAAUAAAUUAAUCAAUCAUUUGAUAUUUCAAUUGAUUUUUCUUAACUGGCGUCGCUAUUUGGCGCGAAUGUGGAGAACAUAGAUUUUCUUGUGUUAAUGCAUAAAAAACGUUUUGUUUGGAUUGGAUGGAUUAGAUUGAUUUGGAACUUUCGAACGAGUUGCUAAGGAGAGGAGAAUUUAAUGAGAUACUUUUGUGUGAUAGAACAUAAAUAAUUAAUAUUUAAAGUUUGUAUGUGGACAAAAGUAAAUAUCGGACAAUACAAGACGAGAUAAGUUAUAUAUAAGUGAAAGCUAAAUAAGUUUUGAGUAAAUGUCAAUAAUAAAUAAGUAGGUCGAAAGAAUAACGAUGAAGACUACAUCUUCCAUGAAAAGUGAUAAAAACAUCGAAUCUCCAAAAACACCAGGUGGUAUAAGUAAAUCUUUACUUACACCUUGCCGUAGAGUUGGACUGUCUCGCAAUUGGAGAAAAAAGGGACCAUCACCGUUUAUGUCCCCGUUGGCUACAAAUACAGAAAUUAAUCCUUGUACCAAUGACACACCUAGAAAGCGAAAACAACUCGAUGAAGAAACGACACAAGAACAUAACAAAGAAAUCUUGUUUAAAAUAGUUGAAGAAACCUCUCAGACCAAUACUGAUAUUAACCAGUUUCCACAAGAAUACAAUGAAAUAGAUAAAACACCAUCAAGAAAUAUAAGUUUUCCAAAAAGAAAAAGGUCAAAAACUUCUAUUAAAUCUAAAAUUGAUAAUUUAAUCACUGAAGGAAACACAUCUUUGGAUACAACAAAAGAAAGAAAAUAUUUAAAAGAAGGAGCGGAUGCUGAAAAUACACACAAUCAAGAUAAGGUAGUAACACCUAUUAGAACCAAUUCUGAAAGUAAAAGCAAGGAGGAAAUUAUUGAUUCAUUGCUAGAAAAUCCUUCUAGAUGUAAUGAUGUAAAGGAGAAUGUUGACAUUAAUGAAAUAAAUCAGCAGCAAAAAGGCCUUGGUAAAAAUAGUCCAGAGAACUUAACGAAAGAGUGUAUAGUUGUUAUCCAGAAAAAGAUUUUUAAAAAAGAUUUAGAUAAACUAAAGAAAUCUAAUAAAAAAGAAAGCAAAAAUAAAACUCAAUCUAAUGCGUCACAAGUAUUAUUUGAUUCUGACUCUGACGAUGUACCAUUAUCUAUUUUAAAUAAAAAUAGUGAAAAUAUUGUUGAAACAAAAAUAGAACCCACUAUAACAAACUUAGAUACUGAUGAUGAUUUUAUGGAAAACACUAAGAUUAAGGUUAAAAAAUUAGAAGAUAAAACCACAUCUACAGGAGGCUUACAAAAUAAACCAAAUGUUAAAAAGAAACUUAGUUCUCAUAAAGAAGUUAUAAAAAAAUCAAGAAAGGAAUCUAAUAGUACAGAACAUAAACCAGAAUCCCAAGGUUCUCUUGAUGAUGAUGAUGAUGAUUUUGUUAUGGAGAAGCGAACUAUUCUCAUCAGAAAGUCUUAUGAUAAAGUAACUCAACCAUUAAAAGCAAAAUCUACUGGCUCUAUAACACAAAAGGACAUUGAUGAUAUAAAAGCUCGUAUAGAAAGUAAGAAAAAAUUACUGUUAGCCAAAGCAAUGACUAAAGAUACUGAAGAAUUAAGAGGUUUAAUAAAAAAAUGGCAGAGAGGAUGCCAAGAUGCAUUAAUGGAGUUGAUGGAGUUAAUGAGACAAAAAUUCCCAGAGAAACAGAAUAUGGAUUACUCUGAAAUUCUUAGAACUCUUAAGAUUCCAGCCUCAAUGGUGGGAUAUGAUGAAGAAAAUGAUAUUUUUAUUACACCUACAGAUGAAAAUAUAAUUAUAUCCAAAUUCAAUAAUUUUUAAAGUGUUAAGUUUAAUAAAUGUAUUUCUUAAUUGUUGAACAUUGUUGCAGUUUGUUUUAGUUAUAUCUAUACUAAUAUUAUAAAGCUGAACAGUUUGUUUGUUUGUGUUGAAUAGACCAUUUAU